GUUCGGAGUCGUCCCACUUCGGGGAUUUCGUAAUCCUCCAUCGAGAAGCUCUGCCACUUUUGCCAACCAAUUAGUGUUUACAGCUACAAAUGUGGUCCGUCAACUGGCGGACUCUCCUUCAGCCGGCGCAAUCUCUGCGACGGACGGUGACAACCGCUGUCUUGUCUAACACCCAACAGCCUGCAACCAAAGCUGCGGACCCUCUUCAGCCUGUAUAUCUGACGUUAUCUUCCUUGCACGGAAAGAAGGUCAAAGACCAAGCGGUCGCUUUGGAUCCUACGGUGUUCAACCAUCCCAUCCGGAAGGACAUAUUACACCUCUGUGCGGUUCACUAUCUCGAUGCCCAACGACAAGGAACGGCAUGUACCAAGACCCGUGGCGAGGUUCGAGGAUCUGGCAGGAAAAUCCGCCCCCAAAAAGGCACUGGUAGAGCUCGCUUGGGAGAUGGACAAAGCCCAAUGCUUCGAGGCGGAGGUGUGGCAUUUGGUCCGAAGCCACGGGAUUUUAGCACGAAGCUCAACAGAAAGGUCAUCGAGAUGGGUAUGAGGGUCGCGUUGUCUGCCAAACUCAAAGAGCAGAGGUUGGGUGUUGUUCGACGUUUGCGCUGGUAUUGCCCCAAGACUAGGACACUCAAGCGGAGGCUCGACCUGUUGGGGUGGAUGACCGGAACGCUCUUUGUCACUGGCGAGUCACAGGUAAAUCCAGCGCUACGGCUUGCAGGAAGAAAUCUUCCAGGAGUAGAUUUCAAAGUCGCCGAUGACUUGCACGUGUACGACUUGAUAAAAUGGCGGAGGGUUGUGCUCGAUGUUUCUGCAGUCCAGGCUCUGGAGCAGAGACUCAGCAAGGGAUGGGUUGAUGUUGUAGAGGAACCAGCGGUGAUGCAAUCUCGGAGCACUCUUCCUCUUCUCCAGUCUACUUCGACUGAAUCCGGAUCCGCUGAGUUACAGUAACACUAGUAAUGGUACCAGACUUGAGUACAAAUUUGCACGGAUCAACCUCGCACUAAUCAUUCACCAAGUUGUUUUGGUACACUACGAGUGUUCGGGGAAGAGCCAGAAAUAGCUCGACUAUCUUCCACCCCUUCGCGAAAACGAUGAUGAAGCUUAGUUCUUAACGGUUUUAAACACGUGGUACGUCCGUCGACACUACCCGCACGCUGACCGCGUUACAUCAGGAACGAUAUUUCUGCAUCAUAG